CGUAUACUAGGCAAGCCACCUGCGCCACACGAACAAUAUAUGGCUCCACUACUGUAUUCCGACAUCCCCUUUUGGCUGUGGCGUUGUUAUACCAUUGCUAAUCUAAGCGCUAUGUUAUAUAAUGUUAGCGAACGCAAAUUGCAAACCGGACAGGUGAAAUUAGCUAAGACAUGCCCAAGUCGAUCGGCAGCCGAGCGCAUCUUCCACUUAUUUCUCACCAUUAUGCUGUGUCGAAUCGUAUCCAAACGGCUACACCUUACUAUUAUAUCGUGCCUAGCCUAUCCUUCCCUAAACCAGGUAUACCAGCAGGGCAUUACUACAUACUAUAUAUUGUCAUGGCGGGUCUGUGCCUGUGGGAUUGUACGGCCUGGCGUCCAGGUGCAGCCAUUGCACCACCUGCCGGCUGUCAUAAUCGAGAAGUUAGUGGUGAUCUUCUUCCAACGUGAGUUACAUAACACUUGUACUGAUUUGAAAAUGAAUCGAACGAAGCGGGGGUGCUACUUAACACUUGUGUGGUUCUACAAUGAAUCGAAGUAGCGAGGGAAGCUUGCAGCCCAGGCAAGCGUCACCCUGUGUCAUUUCGGGACCCUUGGACGGGAAUGGACAUAGAAUGCUC